AUGUUUUCAUCAUUCGUAAGACUUCAUUUUCCAUUUCUGAUUUGGGUUGUGAUUUAUCAAACACAUGGCAAAAAUAUCAUUUUUGUUCCACAACCAAUUCACCUAACUGUUGAUAAUCUUCCACCACCAUAUGCUACACCAUCGGCUACUAAAGGAGCUCGAAUCGUUUCUGUACCUGAAGAUCCUCUCCUUUACAUUCCUGAAGGAUUCACUGUGAAGGUAUAUAUGACUGGUCUUGCAUCACCACGUUAUCUUAUAUAUACACCUACAAAUGAUAUUCUCGUUAGUGAACCAAAUGCUAAUCGAAUUUCUUGUCUGAUCGAUAAUAAUCGUGAUGGUUAUCCAGAUGAACGUGUUACGUUUGCUGAUACAUCGAAUGGACUCAAUUAUCCGUAUAGUAUGGCUUUUGUCAAUGGAUACUUUUAUGUUGGUAACAGAGAUGCUACUCGACGUUAUUUGUGGACUCCAGGAAGUCGAAAUAUCACAGGUACAGGAGAAAUAGUAAUGACUUAUAAUCCAAAUGGACAUAUUACAAGAACAGUUGUUCCAUCACCCAGUGGCGAUCGAAUCUUUGUGGGAAUUGGUUCAGCAACGAAUGUUGAUGUUGAUCCAUUACCUCGAGCUUCUGUUCAACACGUGAACCUUGAUGGUAGUAAUCAAACAACAUUUGCUUAUGGUCUAAGAAAUUCUGUUGGUGUAGCAUUUCAUCCAAUUACUAAUCAUUUAUAUGUGACAUGUCAAGAACGAGAUGGACUUGGUGAUGAUCUUGUCCCUGAUUUUUUUACACGUAUUGAAGAAAAUGAUUUUUAUGGUUGGCCAUUUGCUUAUAUGAGCUCAAAUUUGACUGAUCCUAGACGACGUCUUCCUAAUGGAACAAGUGAACGACCUGAUUUAGUAUCAAUAACAAAAACACCAAAUGUUCUUUUUGAAGCGCAUUCAGCUGUACUUGAUAUGCGAUUUUAUACAAAUAAUCAAUUUCCGAAUCGAUAUCAUAAUGGUGCUUUUGCAGCAUUUCAUGGUUCAUGGAAUAGAAAUAAUGGAACCGGUUAUAAGAUUAUUUUUAUUCCAUUCAAUAGUAGCACUAAUGAACCGAUGGGUUACUAUGAAGAUUUUGUGUAUGGAUUUCUGACAUAUCCACCUUGA